CCCCCCCAAAAAAAAAAUGAAAGAAAGAAAAAAGAGAAGGAAAGAAAAGGAGAAGGUGGCAGCAAGUUCGGGCAGAAAUGAAAAGGAAAAAAAGAAGCCAAGGCACAGAGACAAGCGAUUUUCUCUCAGGCACUUGGAAAGUACCCCUAUCCCCACCCCUCCCCUCUAGCAGGAAGCUGCCCCCACCCCAUUAUUCUCUCAGUCUUCACAUACCAAGAAGAGGGUUUACAGUGUGCUGCAACUUGGAUGGACAGAGGUCAUUCAUCCUUCAGCCCUUCCUGCAACCCAAGGUUACAAGGGUCUCAUGCAGCCCAAACUUGUCUCAAGCUCCCUAUGUAGCUGACUGAAGCGGGCUUUGGACUGCUGCUCCUGCUUCCACAUUUCAUAUGCUGAGAUUGCCGAUUUGCAGUGGCUACCACUGCGCGCCCAAGUCUCCAUUCUGCCCUGCUUGCUCAGUCCUGGCCACUCACCUGAGCGUCCGGCCGCCGAGCGGGUAGUCUGCUCCUGCGCCAUCGCCCCAUGUCCCGCCGCAAGGCCGGCUGCGUGCCGCGCCGUGUAGACCCGGAGCCCGACGGAGACGACAUGGAGACGCCCGAGCUCGUCAUUGAUGUGAAGCCAGAGCACGACGCGGGGGCCUUGGCCCGGGGGCUCUGGUCCCCGAAGGACGUGUCCAUGCCGAGGUUCCUCGGUACCGAGCGUCGCCUCGGCACCGACCCGCGUCCCCUCGGCGCACGCAGCCCGUGUGCCCCGUGGAUACCGCUGAGCCCCGAACCUUCCGACCGCCAGCCCUGGACCGACAAGCACCCAGAUCUGUUGACCUGCGGCCGCUGCCUGCAGACUUUCCCAUUGGAGGCCAUCAUCGCUUUCAUGGACCACAAGAAACUGGGCUGUCAGCUCCUCCAAGGCGUCGGCCCCAUUUCAGAAUCCAAGGAGCUGAAGACUCUGAGUUGCCUGCGAUGUGGCAGGCAGUUCAGCGAAGCCUGGAAGCUGCUACGCCAUGCUCAGUGGGAUCAUGGGCUAUCCAUCUACCAGACCGAAUCAGAGACCCCGGAGUCCCCACUGCUGGGCCUGGCUGAGGUAGCCGCGGCCGUAUCGGCAGUGGCGGUGGUAGCGCCAGUUGAGGACAAGCCCCCCCCAGUGAGCAGUGCCGCCCGGCGAAGCCCCACCUGCUUGGUGUGCAAGAAGACCCUCAGCUCCUUCAGCAACCUCAAGGUCCAUAUGCGUUCCCACACUGGUGAGCGGCCCUACGCCUGUGACCAGUGUCCCUACGCCUGUGCCCAGAGCAGCAAGCUCAACAGGCACAAGAAGACCCACAAGCAGCAGACGUCUGGGAGCCCCUGCACCCCUGCCGGUGGCAGGGGUGUCUCCCCAGCAGCCCCUCCAGAGCCAGCUGACCAUGCAGCUGUUCCAGCCAGCACCCUCCCACUCCAGGAGGUAGAGAAGGCUGGAGCCGCAGCCACAGCAGGAGUCCAGGAACCCGGGGCCCCUGGCAGUGGCGCUCAAGCAGGCCCAGGUGUUGUUGACUGGGGACCAAAGUUGACUGUUAGCAAAGUACAAAGGACUGACCCUAUAAAGAGUGAGAAGACAACCAGGAAGACCCCCAAGUCGACCGGCGGCAAGAGCCGCGGGCCUGGGAGCAGCUGUGAGUUCUGCGGGAAGUACUUUGCCAACAGCAGCAACCUGGUGGUCCACCGGCGUUCCCACACUGGUGAGCGGCCCUACGCCUGUGACCAGUGUCCCUACGCCUGUGCCCAGAGCAGCAAGCUCAACCGCCACCGCCGCAUGCAUGGUCUGGGGCCUGGCAAAACCCGCUAUGAGUGCCCACACUGCUGUGUGCCAUUUGGCCUACGGGCCACACUGGACAAGCACCUGUGGCAGAGCCACCCAGAGAUGGCCUGAGAGCAGUUCUGUCACCUCCUUAGCCUUCCUUUUGUGUGAAUAAACCAUCUUCUAUUUA